UAACGGUACUUUUAUGGAAACGACACACCGACCCCCAACCAGCAAACCGGCGAACAGUCGAGCUGGUGCAGCCUGCCAACGCUCAGAACACCCCGAGUCACUGCUCCGAGAUUUAGUUCAGUUUUUUAUCGAUCCAAAGGGAAUUUAAAUCCAAACGUGGGAAGGGCAGCACGAGCACAAGGAGACAAAAAUCGUAACCAAGCCUGUUUGUCAACUUGUGGCGCAAACAUGACCGACGUGGCGCAGGUCACAGCCAUUGAUGCUCACAGUGACGACCGCAGCAUGAGCGGUGAAGAAAUCACAGAGGAUUUUAUGAGAGCUGAAGAAAAUGAUGUAGAGGAGAAAAGUGAGAGUGAAGAUGACAAUCCUGGCGAGGGGAACGAUGAAUCCAACAGUGAAACUGAGAAGACGGAGGUCAACGGUUUGGGGAAAAAGCGAAACUGCACUAAUAAUGAGAACAGAGACAGAUCGGAGGAUCUGAAUGGAGUUUCACAGAUGGAGGAGAAUCCUCUACCUGAAACAAACGACACAGAGAACAUCUCCGAUGUGGCAUUUAAGAGAGAGAAGCUCCUCAGGUCGAGAAAGCCGGUGGCCAGAAGCUACGUACCGAAGAUGAACAAGGACAAAGGAGAUGUGAAGAGCAAGUUUGAGGCCAUGCAGAAGGCCCGGGAGGAGCGCAGUCGGCAAAGAAACAGGGACGAACAACAGAAGAGGAAGGAGCAAUACGUCAAGGAGAGGGAGUGGAAUCGCAGAAAACAACAGAUAAAAGAACUUCUUGCCUCCAGCGAUGAAGAGGAGGAGGUAAAAUCAAAAAAGGUGGAAAAGUCCUACGUCCCCAAAAUCACAGGUAGUGUGAAGGGGAAGUUUGCAGAAAUGGAGAAACAAAGACAAGAAGAGGAGAGGAAGAAGAUGGACGACGAGAGGAGGAAGAGGGAGGCCCAGGACAACAUGGAAAAAGCCAAAAUCAAGAAAGAACUGGCUCAGAAAGCUGCUGAGGAAGGAGAUGACACGAUCCUGGUACGUGUGGUUCCAGCAAAGUCAUCGCGACCUCCAGGCAAAAUCAAGAUGAACUUUGAGGACAUUGAGAAGAACCGCGAGGAGGAAUUGAAGAAGAAGGCGGAAGAGGAAAAGAAAAGGCGAUAUGAUGAAAACAGGCGCUCUUUUAGGGAAUCUAAGCGAUGCUCCGUUGUUCAGCAGGAUGAAGAGGAGAAGCCCUCGGAAAAAGAGGCUGUGACCCCUGGGAAGCUGAAGCUGACUUUUGAGGAGAUGGAGAAGGAACGUCAGGAACAGAGGAGGAAGCAGACUGAGGAGGAAGCCAAACAGCGCCUGUUAGAGGAGAAGAAGGCGUUCCAGGAGGCCAAAGUGGGACAGGAAGACGAUGAGGAUGGCUCUCAGGCAGUUCAGGAAGACAAAGAGGAGUUCCGUCCUGGGAAACUGAGACUGAGCUUUGAGGAGCUGGAGAGGCAACGAGUAGAAGAAGAGCGCAGAAAAGCAGAAGAGGAAGCAAAGAGACGAAUGGAGGAGGAGAGACGAGCUUUUGCUGAAGCCAGGAAGAGCAUGCUUGUGGAUGAGGACGAUGAGGUGCUGAUGGCCUUGCUGAACCUGGAGGGAAGCAAACCAGGAAAAAUCUGCGUCAGUUUUGAGGAGUUAGAACGGCAGAGACGCGAAGAGGAGCAGAAGAAGGCUGAGGAGGAGGCCAAGAGGAGACUGGAGGAGGAAAAGAAGCUCUUUGCUGAGGCUCGCAAGAGCAUGGUGCUGGAAGAGGAUGAUGGAAUGGUCAAAAGUGAGUCUCAGGAGGCUCUGCACCCCAGAAAACUGGAAAUCAACUUUGAGGAGCUUCUAAAGGAGAAGGAGGAAACUGAGAGGAGAUGCAAGGCUGAGGAGCGCAAAAAGCAACUGGAGAAGGAGAAGCAGGAGUUUGAGCAACUCAGGCAGGAGAUGGGCGAGGAUGAAAUAAAUGAAAGUUCAGAUGUCAUUAGCAACGAAUACGAAGAGCUGACAAAACUCAAGAAAACUGGCUCCAUUCAGGCCAAAAACCUCAAGUCUAAAUUUGAGAAGAUCAAGCAGCUGACGGAGGAGGAGAUUCAGAAGAAGAUAGAGAUGGAGAGGGAGCGGAGGAAGGCCAUCGACGAUGAAAUCAAACAGAGAGAAGCUGAGAAGUUACAGGAGGAGGACGAGGAGGAAAGAGUAACAACUCCAGGACGAGCUGAAGAGUCGCCUUUCAAACAAAAGGUGGACAUGCGAGCCCGAUUUCAACAAAUGGCCAAAGCCAGAGAGGAAGAAGAGCGGAGGAGGAUAGAAGAGCAGAAGCUGCAGAGAAUGCAGUUUGAACAGCAAGAGAUUGAUGCAGCUCUCCAAAAAAAGAAGGAGGAUGAAGUGGAAGAUGAGGGGAGCAUCAUUAAUGGCUCUGCAGCCUAUGAAGACGAGGAAGAUCCUGCUCGUUCAGGAGCUCCGUGGUUUAAAAAGCCCCUUAAGAAUCAGUCGGUGGUGGACUCUGAGCCAGUUAGGUUCACAGUUAAGAUCACUGGGGAGCCAAAGCCAGAGGUAACCUGGUGGUUUGAAGGAGAGAUGCUCCAGGACUGUGAGGACUAUCAGUAUAUUGAAAGAGGAGAGACAUACUGCCUCUAUCUGCCGGAGACCUUCCCAGAGGACGAAGGAGAGUACAUGUGCAAGGCCGUGAACAGCAGAGGCACAGCAGCAAGUACCUGCAUCCUCACAAUAGAAACUUAUGACUAAUGGAACCCUCCAUGUUCAGCUGUCAUCUCUGACUUUUAUAAAACUACGUAUAUUGUGGUCAAACAGAAGAGGAGAGAGCAGUAUGCUUGGCAUUCCUAAAGAAGGGAUACACAGCGCACACACGCACACACACACACACACACAAGCGCACACACACACACACACACACACACACACACACACACACACACACACACACGCACGCACGCACGCGCGCGCACGCACGCACGCACGCACACACACACACACACACACACACACACACACACACACACACACACACACACACACCAAGAUGUUGUUUACAUGUUGCUCUAUCAUUAAGAUGUGCUCCUGGUGAGGAUGUUGGAUAGCACGUGCCAAACUAACAGAAUCCAGUUCCUGUUGAUAAAGGAUGCACUAAACUCCAGAAGUCCAUUUACUGCAAGGCCCUGACACUGUUUGUGACACCAGCCAUUUAUAAAUGCAUUGUAAAUAUCACACCUGAUGAUAAACAGCAAAUUUUAUAAUUAAACUAUUAAGGUGAUGGGUAGACAUUUACAAAAGUCAUGCGCACUGACAAGCUCAGUUCUGUAAAAUUAAUAAAGCAUUGCACAAAUCACUAUCACUGCUCAGUCACUAUAAUCUAGUUUUAAGUAUUAUUUUGAUCACCUGCUGUUAUAUUGAGAGGAAUCAUUAAAAGGUUUGUUAAGAAAAUGGCACAACAAUGUUACGGCAGCCAGUUUUUGCAGGAACAAAAAUCAUGUCUACAUCCUAUUUUUUCAUGCACCAACCCCCUUUGUUUUUCUUUUUAAAUGUAGUGUAAUACCCUUGAUGCAGAUGUCAGUGCUCAGCCGGACAACCAGUUUAUUGAUAAUUGAAAGAAAGUAGGAUUGUAUGGAAUUUUUGUCAUGUGUUAUAAAUAGAACUCAAGUUUUAAUAAAAAUAUUCAUUAUAAAACUA